CCCGAGGGCUUAUGCUUAUUGAGCAUCCGACGGACAUCAGGGAGGCGGAGGUGAGCUCAGAGCUUUAACAAUGGCGGAGAAGGGCAGUGGCAAGGGGAGAAAGGAGGAGGUCGUUACCAGAGAGUACACCAUCAACCUCCACAAACGCUUGCAUGGAUGCACAUUUAAGAAGAAGGCACCAAAUGCGAUAAAGGAAAUCAGGAAGUUUGCUCAAAAGUCUAUGGGAGCCACUGAUGUCAGAGUGGAUGUUAAGCUUAACAAGCACAUAUGGAGCCGUGGUAUUCGGAGUGUGCCAAGAAGGAUACGUGUCCGCAUUGCAAGGAAGAGAAACGAUGAUGAAGAUGCCAAAGAAGAGUUUUACUCACUAGUCACCGUUACAGAGGUCCCUCCAGAGGGAUUUAGUGGCUUGGGCACCAAGGUGAUCGAUGAAGAAGAAGGCUGAACUUAGUUUAAAGUUUAAACCCCAGUUUUUGUUCUAGUUAGGUAAUCCCAAUUUCGGAUGUACUUUUAUUUAAUUGAGGAUGUGUGGUCUGGUUUUGUCUGCCCUUUGAACUUCCAAAUCAGAGUUUUUGAAUUGUCUAAUUAGUGUUUAUCUGUUCAGUUUUUUAUUGAAGACCCUUAUACAUUAAAACCCGAAGAAUUUCUCCUUUUA